UUAAAAUUAUAUGUCAAUAAUCGUAGUAAUCUAUUACUAUUCAGUCUAAUUAUUUAAAAUCUAGUUAUAUAACCAUUCCAUUUUACUACCACUAGUAAGUAGUAUUACUAUUACUACUCAAUGCUAGUAGUAAUCUUAAUGUUGGUACCAAUAAUACUACUAGUAGUAAUACUAGUAUAAUUAUUAAUAUUAGUAUUACUGGGCAAGGCUAUCCAUAGUUUUGGCACUGUGGCACAGUCAGGAAUACCUGAACAAAAACUUUGCAUUUUAAGAUACAGAGCAAUCCACUUGUCAUAAUUUUUUGUUUGUAUCAUUGAUAAUAAACUUAUUCUCAUAAUAAUUCAUAAAGAUAAAAAUGACAAAGUGAAAGUUACACAGGCAAUUCUUAUUACAAAAAACUAUUGUAAAAAGAUAACCUAAGCUAAGUUUAUGGAGUAAAAUUCUAUUAACUACUAGAAAAGUGUUUAGAUGUACUAACACUGUUGAGUUGGAGAUUUCUUUCAAACUGAGAUAUUGUUUUGAUCUCUAAAAUGCAGUCAUACAAAAGAAAAUUCUAAUGGAAAGCCUAACAGACAAAUCAUAUGUAGAUAAUAAAAUUAUUGCUCCACUGAGGUUGGAAAUAGUUUAAAAAAAGCUCUGUAAAGUGUAGAGUAAAGGUGAAAAUAAGGAAAAAAUAUAUACCAUAACAAUUAUAAUAUAAGAAUAAAUUGCAUCAGCAUUUGGAAUUUUGAUAUAUUGGGACACAACCCUAAUAUCAAAAUACUACAAAAAUCAGGAACACAGAAAAACAUGUGCAAAAGAAAAGAUUUCAGGAAUGGAUGCUUUCAAAAAAGGAUGGUUCUCUGAGACUGGAAUACACUGUUCCAACAAAGUGAACAUAUCUCUUAGUGCUGACAAUAUCUUGUACCAUGAAAAAUCAGCUUGGCAAGAUAUUCUUGUCUUUGAGAAUAAGCUGUUUGGAAAAGUUUUGGUUCUUGAUAAUGCUAUACAGUGUACCGAAAAAGAUGAAAGUGCAUAUCAAGAAAUGAUCACUUUCUUACCUCUUAACUCGCAUCCUAAUCCUAAAAAGGUUCUUGUGAUUGGAGGAGGAGAUGGAGGUGUGGUAAGAGAAGUUGUAAAACAUCCUAGUGUUGAAACUGUUGUGCAGUGUGAAAUUGAUGAGAAAGUGAUUGAAGUUUCAAAGGAGUACCUUCCGUUUAUGGCUGAAGGUUUUAAAAGUUCCAAACUGGUUCAACAUAUAAUGGAUGGAGCUGAAUUUAUGAAAAACCAUCAGAAAGAAUUUGAUGUUGUCAUAACUGAUUCCUCAGAUCCAACUGGACCAGCAGCUAGUCUGUUUAGAAAACCAUACUUUGAAGGAAUAAAACAAGCUCUUAGACCUGGGGGAAUUCUUUGUUCUCAGGCUGAAUCAUUUUGGUAUGACUUGAAACUCAUACAUAACAUGAUGAAUAUGACUCGAGAACUCUACCCAGUUGUGGAAUAUGCCUCAGUUUAUAUUCCCAGUUAUCCUGGUGGACAAAUUGGUUUUCUUUUGUGCAGUACUGAUGCUGGAACUAAUUUUCGAAAACCCCAGCACGUCUUGUCAUCUGAAGAAGUAUCUUCCUUGAAACUGAAGUAUUACACAUCAGAAAUGCAUACAGCUGCAUUUGUGUUGCCAGGAUUUGUAAAAAAACAUCUCUAUGGGAGCUACUGACUUUGAUUUCAGCUUGGCUUUAUCCGUCCAUUUGCGGGCAAAGAAUUUUGACCAGUUAGUGGCAUAGAGUAUUCUUAGUGUCACUGUCAUCAUGUGCCACACAUUUUAUAUUUUAAUGUUUCUUUUUUAUUUUCGUUUUUAAAUUCAUCUUAAAUCAUGACAUUUAGCUUACUUUAUACAGUUUUUGUCUUUGAAAAAGAUUUAAUAUGACUUAGCUGACAUGAAUUUAUUAACAAAGGUACCCCUAACUUUCUGUUUGUUGAACAGAGAACAGAUGUCUUUAUUUUGCUUAGAUAAUUUCUACUGAUUAUUUUUAUAAUUAAAUAAAAGAGCUAAGUAUUUUUUCUAGAGAAAAAUAGUAAUAAUUUGAAAGUUUGUUUGAUACAUUUGGACACCUCAUGAUAGAAGAGAUUGUCUCAUUCUAUCAUUAAUGACCAUAAAGUUAUUUUUACUUUGUUGAAAAUCUUAUAAAGAAAUACAUUUCUUUGAAUGGAUUUCAUUUAAGUUUAGUAGAUGAGAGUAUAGAUACUACAGUUAUUUUGCUCUGUAGCUCAUUAAGUGUGGUUCCCUCUUUUUUGGUUCUGUACAUUUCAGAGUUACAACGGGUAAGGGGAAAAACUGUACAACAUACCUCAAGAAUCUGGUUCUUCACUGUUUCCAUAUUCUAAUUUUUUUCUCUUUAUUUUAAUUUUAUUCAAAAUAGACCAAGUUGCAUUUACUAUUUACAGAGUUUGAGGGUAGUCAUAAAGCUGAUGUAUUACCUAUUGUCAUCUUUACCCAUAACAUCCAUACAAGGGUGUAAUUUAUUUCAGUGUCUGUAUAGUUUUUGUUAUUGGAAAACUGGUGGCAUGUUAUAACCAUGCAAUUAUUAUUAAUAUUGCAAAUAAUAGUUUUUAUUAAAGGGUUCUGUCACUUAUUUCUUAGAAUUGUUAUUUUACAGUAUACCAUGUUAUAUAUCUAGACUUAUGGGUGAAUGAAUGAAUCUAAUGCUUUCGGUAUCUAGACUAUAGUAUAGCUAGGAAAAUUUGGAUCAAAUCAUUUUGGAGAGUGCUCAAAAAAAAGGAAAGAAAUAACAUAUUUUUGGUGUUCAUUUAAAACAUUCAGAACAUUAGUAUUAGCGUGUUAAUUUAGAAUACUGUAAUGAUCUUUGGGUCCACCUCAUGAAGGCUUAAAAUAGUUACUUGAGAUUUUUCCAAAACUAUAUACAUUAUUUUCAAUACAUUACCUCACAAGAAUAAUACUAUUUAAAGAACAUAUAUUGGAUGAAAGUAGAUGAAGAUCUUCAUGGAAUCUUUUAUUUAUUUUUUUCACUUAAACUUAGUCAUUCUAUAUUUUGGAAGAUGACCUUAAUCAUUAUUUUUUCCAUAUUAUUCCUAACUAUACUUUUAUUCUUUCAGUCAUAAUGACAUCUUGACAGGUAUGGACAGAGAAUGUAACACAUGUUAUUGGGUAUAAUUAAGAUCAAAUAUGAUAAAGGUUCUACUCAGAACCUGAGGUCAUAUAUUUGGUUAUUCAAAGAAAUAGAUCAAUUUUAACUUGUUACAUAGUUUAUAUAUAGUUAGUAAUGAUGUAUUUUGAAAGAAAAAUAUCUCCUUAUAUAUAUUGUUUUAUCUUGAACUGGGUUUAUGAAAAUAUAGUGCAAGAUAAACAGUUUUUAACAGAUAAGAAAGAAUUCAGAUUGUUUUACUAAUGUUUAGAUAUAUGUUAAUAGUAUGUAUUAAAACAUAAAAAAUGCCUUAAUGAUUGUUUUACAGUUAUUUAUUAGGUAUUUGAUUUUGAAAAAUAUAAUAAUGAUUUAAGCAUUCUGGUAUAAGUUUUGUUUCAAUGUUAACACACAGCAUUUUGUCUCUCCAUAUCUAUUUCCACUUACUUAGCUUGUUCAGAUGCUUUGUCACUUAAUCUGAGCUGUUGUGUUUUUCAUUUAAAUAUUCUGUACUCUGUGUGAAUUUUCUGUUCUUGAAACUUCACUUUUGCCAAACCAUGUCUUGAUAAAAAGAAACCAGAUGUGAGAAGUAGUUUUUCUAAUAAAAGACAUCGAAGAUUGAAUAGACAAACAAAGUUAUUAUGGUUUCCAUGUAUGUCACUACAAUUAUAUAUUUCUUGUGUAACAAAAAACUACUUGUUUAAAGCUAAUUAAUGUUACUUUACUGUAGUGCUGUUCUGCAGAUUUAACCGUAAACCAAAAGCUGUCAUCAUACAGUGUAGUUUCUCCCAUUUUCUUACACUUAUCCCUGUCUAGGAGUAAUUGUAACAGCAUUUAUUGAAUAUCACUGGGAAGCACAACAAAUAUGUAAAUUUAAUUGUAAAUAUUAACAUUGCGUAAGACUUACCAGCACUAUUUCAAUCUUAAAAUGAUUUGUACUGAUUUACUAAGAUUUAUAAAUACUCUACUUUUCCAAACAAGCAUUUUCUAAAUUAUUUGACAAAGAAGAAAUGGAAGAUUUUGUGCUUUUUAACCAAAUAAAGGUACUUCUUCAUUGGUUAUUUUGUGUGAAAGAUUACAGUGAUUAGUCAUGGAAUAUUGUUUAAUCUCUGAAUGAAACCUUAUCAAUUCUUAUGAUAAUUCUGUCACUUCUUUAUGACUGAAGAAUAAUGUUUUCUGCACUGAUGCUCUGUGUUUUUAUUGGUUUAAGACUGUAUGCAUGUAGUUAAGGUGUUGCCUGAUUUUCACUCUAGAGAAAUUCGGAUGGGUGAUCUGUGUUUAUAACCACUCAUUUUGUAUUGUGUUUCAGUAUUUUUUAGUAUGUAAUGUAGUGAUGAUAAUUUCAGGUAUUGAUGAUCAAACAGGCUUUUAGUAAAGGAGUGUUCUGCAUUUCACAUUUUUGUUCACACACAUCAUGCUUAACACACACACACACACAAUUAUAUAAAUUUUAAAAAGAAAAACCUAAAAGAAGGAUUAAUUCUGAGGUAAAAUAUUUAGAACACAAAAAUUGUAAAUGUUCUGCUUCAAAUUCACAAACACAUCAUCAGUAACAAGGAUUUCUUAAAAUACCUUUGGAUGGUCUAGCCAUGUUUUUCAACUGGUAUUAUAUGGAAAAAAAGCUUUUUAGGCACAUAAGGUUUAAAGUAAAAUAUUGAAUACAUUUAAGAUGUCUCAUGUUCUAAAAUAAUGAACAUUCCAUAUGUUUCAAUCUGUCAAGGGCACAGCACACUUUUCUCAACCAUUUUUUGUUGCUUUGAUACACUCAUAAAGGUAAAAAUUAACACUUGUAUUCAAUUGUUUUAAUGAUCUGGCUAAGGUUUUUCUUACACUAUUAUGGAAAAAAUGUUUCGUUUAUAAUCAUUUUUUUUCUGCAAUUAUAGAAACUAACAACUAGGAUUUUUGUAACAGAAUGUUAAACUUAAGAUGCAUUUCAUUCAUCCACAUGCAGUAAUUAUUGUUGACGUGCAAUUUUUUAAUGUUUUAAGUGGACUGUACUAGGCAAUUUGUUGUUAAAUUUUCUAGGUUUGGUAUGUUUAAUCCUUUUUCUACAAAAUGUCUAUUUUGUCACAACUAACUUUAGAAAAAAAAGGCGGGGAUAAGGAUGUGUUUUUCUAUGAAUUGCUAUUAAAAUACUGUACCUUGAGAAUUUUGAAAGAAUAUAACUGAGUUCUGUCGGACAUGGUGAUUAGAUAAAUGUAUUUGUAAAAACCGGAAUAAAGAAUGUUUGGAAGGCAAGUUA